AUGAACGUACAAGACCUCUGCAACGCAAUUGUCAAGUCCCUCCAAACCAACGUGCAUGUUUUACCUGCCGCUGUCGUCGCCGCCGAUGUCGCCCGCACACUGCCAACGUCAGUGGCUGCCAAGUCGCAACGUCAAAUGACGCUGGACAGCUUCGUUUCGCACGCUGUUGUACCUACUGCACGGUCGGCGAACGAAGCAUGGACACAAUGGUUUACCGGAGACCCGGCGGUCGGGUUGUAUCAACCCCUGCGAUCGUUCAACAAACAAAUGAUCCGGGUCGACCGCCGGAAGUGCUCUGAGCGCUUGACCUUGUCGCUUUCCUUUUCAAACAAUACCUUGUCUGAAGUCCGCAAGCGAAAGCACGAGGGACGAUUGUAA